GACACAGGCCGCGCCACUCCGCCGGCAAUCCGACCUCGAGGCACACGCGCGCCCAUCGCUCGCUUUGCGAAGCAACGCCGGCCCUUUGCGGCCAGGAGCCCUCCACGGCGCUUCCAACACCCAUCUGCUACGUACACCACCACCGGGGGCUAAGCGCCACGGACGCCGGCGUUCGCACACAGGGCUCGCCGCAUAAAAGAGAUGGAAAUCGUGCCAGAGGGGAAAAACUUUCGAUUGGUUACCCAAGACGAGCUCCCAGCUGUUGCCGAUUUUUUAGUGCAGUAUAUGCCUGAAUCUCUAAAGUUUCAUCAGACGAUUCAAACAUUUCUAAACAACAAGGUGUGGGACUUCCAUUUUUAUGUAGCAAAGAAUUGGCCAGAGGACCCGAUUUGUUUGCAUUUCCCCGGAUGUACAAGUACGCCAAAUAGCCACAACAUAUAUGAGAGCGUCACGGUAUUCUGUCCGUCGGAGCGCUCGGAACUAGUCGACUUGGUGACGUCGGAGGAUCAGCUCCUGGACCUCACACAACCAUUGUACCUGAACUUCACGCACGAAGCUAUCGUGAACCGCUUUGAGAAACGCUAUGAGGCGCACGACAAGAUCACCGGAGAUGUUUACGUCUGUGAUAAUCCACCGGCGGAUGCUAGCACUGAUGGAUUGCCACCGGACGUGGAGUUAGUGCGCUUGCAGCCGGAGCACAUGAAGGCCGUACAUGAUCUCUACCCCGCGAGCGACAUCGAAUGCCGAGAAGUGUUUGAGAAGCUGGUCGCCGAGUUGCCAGCGUACGGGAUCUUCGUGGAGGGCCAGCUGGCCGCCUGGAUGGUGCAGUCGUACUACGGUGCCAUGUUCUCGAUGCAGACCCGGCCCGAGUUCCGCCGGAAAGGCUAUGGGAUCUACCUCGCGCGGCGCCUCACCAAGGAGGUCGCCGCUCGCGGCUACAAGCCCUUCGUUGUCAUUCGUCCGGAGAACGACGCGUCCCGCUCCCUCUACACCAAGCUCGGCUUCGAGAAGCGUUUCCGAACGGUGCGCGCCGUCCUGCGCCCCCGCUAGCGCGUUAAAGUUGAUCACUAGCAGAUUUUAUUUUUUUAAGACUUUUGAAAAAAAAAAUCAAUUUAGCUUGCGAUCUUUGAUCGCUUAGAGAAUUUUAGUAGUAGCUUUAAGAUUGAAUCGGUUAGUGCUCUCGGUCGUGACUCAAUCUCUAAUGAGCACCGAUUGUAAGCCCGUACGCGGAUAAGGCCUCAGCAUUUUUCUGGCAUUAGCGUUUUUAAAUUUAGUAGUGUAUUCUUCUUAAAGAAGACAACGAAUAGCUUUCUUAUUUAAAUUUUCUUGAAACAAGCUUUGAAUUUAAUACUCACAAUCGACGCCUUCACAGCGCUUCACGUCAGAAUCGAGAGCCAUAACCGUUUGCUGCGUUCUCUGGCGCUAGCCUAGUUACUGAUCUCAACGAUUCUAGCAUGUCGAUCUACGGGGCCCCGUCACAUGUUUCCCCCUAAUCUAUGUAUAGUUUAUCGGGGCCCCCACAUUUGUUAUCGUGGUUAGCCUCUAAACAUUAGGCGACGCUUCAUGACCACUCGUUGACCGAGCGGUAUCCUAUUCUGUCUCAUGAUUUAUACAAUUUUGGGACCCGACAUGACUCGUGUGAUAACGUAUAGAUAAAACAUUGACACGUUUUUAUAAUGUGGAACGGUGAAUCGUAUUUAUGUACAUGAGAAAGAGAGGUUACCGUCAUUGCACCCCGAUGCACAACUCCAAAUAUUACAUGAUCCCGCACCCACCGACACAUGACCAUUAUAUCUAUUAAUAUUAUUUAUUAUUAUGAUUUCACUAUGGAAAAGCAAUAUGAAUGUGCAGGCGGAACAAAUGAAAUGAAACGGGAAGAAUAAUUCGAUUAUAGUUCAUUAUAUAAUGUUUUAUUCCAUAGUUUGCGUAUCAUAAUGAACUUUAUCAAUAUUGUGUAUACGUAAAGUAUUUGUAUAGAUAUACCAAAGUAAUUGUUUAGUUCCAUUGUAUAGUUUUUCACGAAAUAAUUUUUGUAAGUACAUUGUUAUGUAACGUGGGAUAAAAAUCAUUUAAAAAUUUGAUACGAAACGUAGAUAGGUAGGUAGAUUUUAAUACGGGAAUGUAUUUUACAAUUAUGUCAACGUACCUAUGUAUGUAAUAAUGAAACACUUUACUACUCUCAUUAUACCCGCUGCGGAUUAGAAUAAUUUAUUAAUCAAUUUAUUGAUUAUGAAUUUAAUAAAACAAAUUAUUUAUCAGUUAUUAAUUUAAUAAUCAAUAUAGUGGUUACGAAAGAUAUUAUUGUGUGAUAUGAUACAUAUUUAUUGCUUUUUGAUUCAUGUACAAUGGUUUGCCAUCUUUGUAGAUUUUUAUCUGUCUUCCUAAAGACCGAGGCGUGAACAUCAUUGGAUAAGAAUAGGGAAGUGAACUUUGGAACAAGAUAUUCCAUCUUUGUGGCUGUUGUACGUAUUCUUCAUUGGUAAUACUUAUAGCACACAAGAAAAUAGUUUUGAAACCAAUAAACGUAUGCGUUUUGUUAUCUGUAAUAAAUAGAGAGACGAUAUGUUUGUCAAAUGAUUAUUGCUCAAUCUCAAGAGCUUCCUAAAGAGCGUUCUUCUUUUAAGUGGCCAAAUUUUUUAUUGUCUGUAAUUCGAUAUCGUUUGUGCUUGUUUGUUGAUUGUGAUUUGAACGAACACUGAGCUAUAGUUGAUUUGACUUAUUGUUUGAUCGUUUUUAAUAAAACUCUUCGUCUAAGCAGGUGUAUUUUCGUCUGGAAAUUACUGUCUUCAAAUUAGUUCUGAAAAUCUCUGCUUAUUUGAAACUGCACUCAUGCAAUCAUGCUAAAGCUUUCCUACUUACUCAGUAGGUACAUGUCAAAUAAGUAGAUCGAGAUUUCUUGACGUAAUUAAUUAUAAGAACAUUUUCUCUGAACACUUUCCCUUUAUCUAUGUAAUAAAGUUUUAAAGGACACAUUUUCCGUCCUCCAAAACUGCAAUCGACAAAAUGGCGGUUAUAAGUAUAUCGUACCUGCAGUACACAAACGAAUACAUAGUGUCCAUCAUGUACGUAUUGUUUAUCGGUUCGUCACUUACCUACCUUGCAAAGGUAUUAAAAACAAUAAAAAUGUAACUUA